AUGUUAAUAGAAUUACACUCAUUUGAAAAUCCUGGUGUGACACUCGAUCCAAAUGCUGCUAAUGUUACUCCUCUUCGUUCACAGAUAGACAGUCGUUUUCCACCUCAUACUCUCUUAAAGGAUAUUGCCUCACAGUUAUUCAUUGAAUAUUGGACAAAUACAACGAAUUUCACUUCAUAUUAUAGUCAAUGUGCACCAGAUCAAUGUACUUACACUUACGAGACGCGAUUCAAUCGAGUUUAUAUGUUAACAACUGUAGCUGGAAUUGUCGGUGGUUUGUCUGUUGCACUGAAAAUAUUCGUCCCGACUAUUGUCAAACUACUUCGACGAGUAUAUCGAUAUUGUCGACGACGUGAAACUGAUGUCACACAAACAGAUAUUGUACAAACAAGUAUUUGUCAAAAGUUUUCGAGACUAGUUCUGCAUGUUCAACUUCAUAUUGGAAUAUUGAACUUCUACAAAUAUGAGACAACAACUGCCGGUUCUUCAUCAGAGCAUCUGAAUAGAACAGAAGAAACAAACGUGAUCAAACAACAACGAAUAGCCACUCGUCUUUACAUUGCGAUGUUUGCUUUAUGUCUCGUUCUGAUAACUAUUUUCAAUGUCUUUCAAUCACAAACUCGUGCAGUAAAAGUUUCAUUACCUACUCAAUCGACGUUCGAAUCUCUAGAAAAUCAAUAUGCCUCGACGCUUUCAUGUCCAUGUUCACAAAUUGCCAUUCCCUAUUCGACAUUUGUUUCGAUUCAACCAAAUGCAUAUCAUCAAACCGAUGCAAAAAUCUUAAGUACACAAUUUCGUCUUUUAUCAAUGCUGUGUUCUCUUGUCAUGGAUAUUAUUCAACAAAAAAUUACUCUAUUUAACUCGCAAAAUCUCAUUGGUCUCGAAGCAUUAACAGCAUAUUCGUUUCAUAAACAAGUAGAUGCUCUGAUCAAAAUAUUUGUGAGUGAAACACCUGUAAACUUUCGAAGAACACAUCAAUAUAUUAUCGAUAUGUUUCAUACGAAUCAUCUCAUUAAUAUAUUUCUCACUAAUUGGAAUAUUCAUGAAACGAAUGCCAAGAACGCAUACUUCAUGAUCAACAGUCCCAUCUUGUAUCAUGAAGGUAAUCAAUCAUGUUCAUGCGCUGUGUCUCCAACAUGUUCACGAUCUUUAUUAAUGAAUGGUAAAGAAAAAGAGACUUUUUUAGGUCUUGUGGUUAGUUGUUUACCUGUCACUGGUCUUCGUCAAUCAACUUUGGAAUGUUUCUACAAUUCUUCAUGUUUAAAAAAAUUAGCUCAUUUUGUCAACAGUUCAUUUGAAUUAAAUCCGUUGAAUGCAUCCAUAAACUCACGUUUUACACCAAUCUCAUCUGUCCCCAUUAGUAUAUUGAUUGAUGAAUUAUUUAUUGAAACAUGGACAAAUUCAAGUAAUUAUUCUGAAUAUUAUUUAUUCUGUGCACCACUCGCAUGUCGUUUUACUUAUGUGACAAGAACUAAUGGUUUAUACAUAUUAACAACUUUCCUUGGCUUAUAUGGUGGAUUAAGUGUUGGAUUGAAACUUGUUGUUUGGUAUGGGUUAGAUGUUUAUUUGAAAAUAUAUCAACUGAUCUGUCAUCGUCGAACACAUGUUCAACCUAUGAACAUUCACUAA